GGCCAGCGCGCAGCCUUCCCGGCGCCGGCAAGCUGGGUCUUGGGAAUUCUGGUUUGUUUUGGCUCCCUCGCUUUUACCAACCACUGGAUCUUCCAUGCUUCUGUGCCCCCCACUUCCACUCCAUGUCCCCAUGCUCCGGCGCCAGCAACAGGACUUAUUCUCUGGAUAGCAUCUGAAUUAUUGAGAUCACGCUGCAUGUCAGUAGACAGACCUUGGUAGAACUUCACGGCCCCUGGAGACACUCAUCUCUCCUCAUUUUGUGUGUGUGUGUCCUCACUGAGCAUUCAAAACUGUUUCUCCAAAGGUUUUUACAAAAACUCAGACUGUUUUCCAAAGCAGAAGCACUGGCGUCCACAGCAGAAGCGAUGGGCAGCGUGCGAACCAACCGCUACAGCAUUGUCUCUUCAGAGGAGGACGGGAUGAAGUUGGCCACCAUGGCAGUUGCAAAUGGCUUUGGGAAUGGGAAGAGUAAAGUUCACACUCGACAGCAAUGCAGGAGCCGCUUCGUGAAGAAAGAUGGCCACUGCAACGUCCAGUUCAUCAACGUGGGUGAGAAGGGACAACGAUACCUUGCAGACAUCUUUACCACGUGUGUGGACAUUCGCUGGCGAUGGAUGCUGGUUAUCUUCUGCCUGGCGUUUGUUCUCUCCUGGCUAUUUUUUGGCUGUGUGUUUUGGUUGAUAGCUCUGCUCCAUGGGGAUCUGGAUGCUUCUAGAGAGAGCAAAGCCUGUGUGUCUGAGGUCAACAGCUUCACAGCCGCCUUCCUUUUCUCCAUCGAGACCCAGACAACCAUAGGCUAUGGCUUCCGGUGUGUCACAGACGAAUGCCCAGUUGCUGUUUUCAUGGUGGUGUUCCAGUCAAUCGUGGGCUGCAUAAUCGAUGCCUUUAUCAUUGGCGCAGUCAUGGCAAAGAUGGCAAAGCCGAAGAAGAGAAACGAGACCCUGGUCUUCAGUCACAAUGCUGUGAUCGCCAUGAGAGAUGGCAAGCUGUGUCUCAUGUGGCGAGUGGGCAACCUUCGGAAAAGCCACUUGGUGGAAGCCCAUGUUCGAGCACAGCUCCUCAAAUCCAGAAUUACUUCUGAAGGGGAGUAUAUCCCCCUGGAUCAAAUAGACAUCAAUGUUGGGUUUGACAGCGGGAUUGACCGUAUAUUCCUGGUGUCCCCCAUCACAAUAGUGCACGAAAUAGAUGAAGACAGCCCUUUAUAUGACUUGAGUAAACAGGACAUGGACAAUGCAGACUUUGAAAUUGUUGUAAUACUGGAAGGCAUGGUGGAAGCCACUGCCAUGACAACACAGUGCCGCAGCUCCUAUCUGGCGAAUGAAAUUCUCUGGGGCCACCGCUAUGAGCCUGUACUCUUUGAAGAGAAGCACUAUUACAAAGUGGACUAUUCGAGGUUCCACAAAACCUAUGAAGUACCCAACACUCCCCUGUGUAGUGCCAGAGACUUAGCAGAGAAGAAAUAUAUCCUGUCAAACGCUAAUUCAUUUUGCUAUGAAAAUGAAGUCGCCCUCACAAGCAAAGAGGAAGAUGACAGUGAAAAUGGGGUUCCAGAAAGCACAAGUACAGACACUCCCCCUGACAUUGACCUUCACAACCAGGCCAGCGUACCUCUGGAGCCCAGGCCAUUACGGCGAGAGUCAGAGAUAUGACUGACCGACUCCUUCUCUGGAAUAUUUACUUUACUACACAGUCUGUUGGUCAGAGGCCCGAAACAGUUACACAGACGACGGUACUGGUCGAGAGGUGGGUCAAGUCUAGCGGCCACACAAGACUGAGGCUAGCACAGCAGUUUCAAGGGAAGACUGUAAGCUCGAUGAUUGACAUAAAGCACUAAACAUGCCUCCGCAUGACCUGAUGGCACAUAUAUGUUGUAGAAUAAGUUAUGGGUUUUUAUGUAUUGUUUUGUGUUUUUACAAAACUUGAACUUGCAGGCAAGCCUUGGUUGGGUAUUUGACUUAUCCAGAAUGCUUCUCUUUAGGGAACAAGAAUGUUUUUAAUGGCAUAACAAAGGCAAGACUCUGCCUUAAUUUUUGAAAAGCUGCUAACUACAUGAACACAAAUUGUAUUUUUGUUGCAGUGUAGUUUUUCUUUUAUGUAAUUUAAAAGUCAGUGUUGAACUUUGUUGAAAGCUCAUGAUGCGCUUCAAAGUGGCAAGUAUUUGGCUAUUAACUGCCAAAAGAGAGCCUGAUUUUCUGAGGCCAGUAAUUUGUUUGCUAGAAUUGAUUUUUUUCUCUCUCUCUUUGGUUACAUAAGGGCAUUAUGUAACACUAGCCAAAUGGUAGCCUCUGGGUUUUUUUUUUUUCUUCUCUCUUUCUCCAUAAUGUUAAUGGGUUAUCUCAAAAUUUAAGUUAGACUACCUAAAAUAAAUACCAAAGAUAAUGCAUGUCUUUGCACAGUGGAAUUCAUGCUAAAAAGGAAGCAAAGCCCCCAUGGGCUGUCUUGAAAUUGAGGCAAUAACCUUGAACCUCAGCAAGUCCUGGAACCACUUGUUCAUUUUGCAUCUUAUUCAGAGAAUAGAGAUUUGAAUGACUGUAGUGUUUUUUAAAAUUUUGUCCUUUCAUGAAACUUUUUUUUUAGUAGAAGGGGAAGAAGAAAGGGAAAGUAAAAUUCAUACACACACACACGCACACACAUACACUAGUGUCAGCAUCAUUUCUUUCCUGCCAGAUAGGCUUGACCAGGCUCAUGCAUAAAGUGAUAGAUGGUGAUGUGCUCUUAGAUUUUUCUGGGCUUUUCUAUUUUGCACAUUCCAUGACUUAUUCCAGAAGACAAGAUCUUGGUAGAACUUUGUUAGCAUCCUCAAAACUGAGCCAUUCAUCAUGAAAGAUAAAUGCCUUUGUGGUUGAAUUCAUUGCUUGGAGUCAGGACAUUUCUAGCUUGACUUCCCUUUAGAAAAGAUUCGAAUCAUGUUCUGCAGGUUUGUUCUGAUCAGCCUGUCUGCUGCAGCGAGUCCUGCAGUAUCACCGAGGGCUGCAAAUGCCCAUGCGGGGAAGUAAGAAGGUGUGGGCAACCCCCUUUGAUGCUGCACCUCAGCUCAGGUAUUCAAGAAGGGGAAAAAAGGUGCUUGUUUUACGGCAGAGGACAAGAAUGAGAAUGUCUCAGUAUUAUAGAAUCAGAGAGUCAAGAAACAGAACACAACCACAAGUAAAGGAGAUCAGAGUCUUAACAGGGUUAUUUCCCCCUUUGCGUCUGCAUUUUUAGGAUUAAAUGCGAGCUGACCAUUGUCUCUCCUGGAGCCUUAGAGCAGGUUACUAAGGACACCUUGCUUUCCAGAAGCCUCUCUACAUGGCUGCCCGCCUUGCUAGAAACAUAUUCUUCUCUGCUCUAGCUCAAUAAUGGAACUCUUUUUUUUUUUUUUCUUUCUGGUUUAACGUUCCCUAUUGUGAAUUCUGGGGUUACCGACUUUUCUUUUUUAAUUGGAGUCUCAAAAUCAACUCCCUCAUGGUAUUAUAUCCCAUGUAUGCCAUUAAAAAACAGCUUGUUCUAAAAUCAUGUAUUUGUAAAUUGGUGUCUGUGAUGGUCUCUGGUUCUUGAACAGCCACAUCCUAAUGCAGUGCCUGCAAAACUAUGAUAGUUUUUGCUGUUUUCAGCCUUCAAAGUUGAUGAGUUUGAAAACCAUGGAGUUAUUUUCAGUGUACCCAGGAAAGAGAUGUUAAGCAAGUGGUGUUAUUUUAAAUCCAGAUUCAGAGGCAGGUUUGGGAAGUUGUUUAAGGAGUUGGAGGAACUGUAGCUUGAGUGAAGAAGAGAGUUUAUAGAAGAGGCAAAAUUUGGCCGUUGACAGUGAAAAGCUAUUGAAGGCAUCAGCUGCUGCUAUUAAGAUGUUUUGCAAAGGAAAAAAUAAUCAAACCAAAGAGUAUUCAGUGAUAUGUAAAUUAAAUGAAGAUGCAGUGGAGAAAGGGGGUGACCAUAAGAGAGGCUCCCCCAAAACAUACAGUGCUGCCACUUAAAAAAGACUUGAGCUCUGUGAAAGGGGGUGGGUAUGGGGGCAAGAAAGAGGGAGGGAAAUCUUUCAACUUAUUUCUGAAAAGAGAAAAAAAUUAAAAUUUCUGGUGCACAGGUUUGUUUUUUUUUUUCAAGAAAAUUUUGCAGAAGCUAUGUUUUUAAAGUGUACAUUUUAUAAAGUUUAUCAGAUAUUUUCAUAUUUAAAGCCAAAUGUAAAUAGAAGUCUGUAAAGGAAAAAAUUGCCAUAGAAAGUAUGAUUUCAGUGCAGCAAUUUCUGAGAGCUAGCACCUAUAUGCUACCGGUUAGCAUGGUUUUAGCAAAUAUUUACCAGCCUUAUAAGGUUCGUAUUGCUAUGUUCUUCUGUUAUUUAUUUCAGCAUGGACUGUUCAUUUGAAAGCUUUUUCUAGUUAUUGGCAUUUUAAUAGUUAUAAGCUUUAAAUGGCAAUUUUUCUUUUCUGUUUUUCCUUUUAUUUUUUUUUUUUUCAUCAAGAGCCAAGACACAGGUAAUGCACAACAUUUAUUGCUGCGUUUUACCUUCAAAACAUUUGUCCUUAUUGACUGGGUCUCCUUUACUGGUGCACACAUGUCACUAGAAUGCAGAUGGAAGGGACUCACGGUGAAUAUCUGGGGUCGAUCUCCAGAUGCAAGUUGCUUCUGUAUUGUAAGCAAACCCCUAAUAACUUACCUAGGAUGUAAUCCCUUUUAAAGAAUGUUUGCCCAUAUCUGGAUGGGCACUAUAUUUUUGGGGGAAGGCAUAGAUUCCUGGUUAUCCUAUUUUUAAAUAAAAGGUAGACAAAGUGAAUUCUAUUUUGAUUAUUGAGAAAGGAAUAGUUUUCUAUCCCUCUAAGAGUAUACUUGAAUCAGACAUUUUAAGGAUGUCACUAUAGCACUGUAGUUGUUUCCAAAUUCCUAAGAAAGGUUUUUUACGUUGUUUUUGUUCUAUUAAUGCAUUAUUUCUUCCCUACCCUACUAUUCUUCCCUAUCCACUUCCAUCCCAAAUCCUGAUGUUUAUGUGAUGAGCUGUCCCCCAAAUCAUGUUCGCCUUGCAAGUAGUAAGUGUCACUUCAUAUUUCAUAGUAAACCACUCAGUAAACACAAAAAGCUUGUCCUGAGAAGUUGGGUGAGUUCUUUUUCACUCUGUGUCCAACAAUGUUAAGGUGGGAAAAAAAAAAGUGUUGCAUAGUCACCUCUCACCUCAACCUUUGGCAAACUAGAAUUUCUUUUCUAGUAAUGUUAGGUUUCUGCUCCAGGUUCUAGAGAGUGGAGCAAUCCUGGUCUUUGACAAUCAUGAUAGUUAUUAUUUUCCCAUUGACCAUCUUUUUGUAUCUAAAGUCUUCCUAUUGUACUGCACAAACCAUGGACUGUACAUAUUUUUAUAUGUUAUGUCUUAUUUUAUUAUUUCUAAAUAAAAAAUUGAAAACAGACAA